ACAUUUCCCACAUCCUGCAAUCGGAGACGUUAAGGUGGAAACGAGAGUAUUUUCUUGCGCCAUUAUCUGUUCAUAAUAAGCCCAAUGCGUUAAUAUGGCUUUAAACAGACCUUUCUGCCGGGACGACGUCUACUGUGAUCUAGGAAUGAUACAAAUCUUAUCAUAUCCUUUAUCUUUGACGUAGACUUAAUUAGCAUUCAUAACACAGCCAAUAGUAAAACCAAAAAUGGUUUAGUAUGGUAAAGUUUAUAAAGUAUGAUAGAACGAGGCUUGUCUAUAAACUUUUGCCUAAUAAUACGGGCUGGCUGUCUCCAAACAAUCAAUUCUUCCGCGAGUUUCACUAUAGCGACAAUGUUGCAAUAGCGCAGCACAGGACAGUCACUCGGGUGCCUUGUGUAGCUAACGGUUUUAUAUUAUUUGCAUAGACAAAUCACGUACUAUUUGCUUGGAAUGCAGUGUUCCGUUUUACCGGCAUACCUUGAAUACAUUUUAAAAUAUUAGAAUAUGUCGAGCGAUCACGCAUUCAGCUGGACCAUCAUUGUUCUGACUUGUCAACAUAAAGAUAGUGUUUAUGCGUUUCAAAGAGAGCUGGAGAUCCGGCAGCAGCGUGGAGGUCUUUUACAGGGGACGCUACUGCUCACUGUAUCAGACCCUCAGGAGCCUGGCCUGGGCAGUGGGGGAGCCACUCUCAAUGCACUGUUGGUGGCUGCCGAACAUCUGAGUGCCAGAGCUGGAUUUACUGUAGUUACAGCAGAUGUCCUGGACAAUGCCCAUAUCCUGAUCCUACACAUGGGACGAGACUUCCCCUGGGAUAGCUGUGGCCGGGCCUUCUGCUGGCUGCCUAUUGAAAAACGUGCUCAAACUGUGCAGGGACCAGUCUGCUGCCUAGAUGUGCUGCUCGACAGCCUUUCCAAUCAGGUUUGUCCUGGCUCUCCCCCUGGUGUCUGGCUGUGCAGCACUGACAUGAUCCUGACCAUCCCAACUACCUUCGAAAUGAAAUGGGAGGGUUUUUUUGGGGUCCGUGUUUUGGCCCUACCAGGUGAUGUGUCUUACGCCACCAAUCACGGGGUCUACCUGGCUGACGAUCAGGGUAGAGUACGUGACAUAAUAUACAAGGGGUCAGAAGAGAGGAUUCGCCAAGCUGCCAAGCCUGAUGGGAAGGUGCCGCUGGUGUCAGGGCCAGUUUUCUUCUGCAGGAGAGUUCUAGAACGACUGCUGAAGGCCCAUGUUACCCCGCCCCUGGACGGCUGCACCUACAUGGGCAUUGACUCGGGUGCUCCUCCACUUCAGGUAUCCAGUCUUCAUCAAGUGGAAAGGGCGGGGAAUGGGGAAAAGGCAGAGAUCUCCCUCUUCCUGGACUUGUUGAUGUGCCUUUGCUCAGACCUGACUGAGUCUCAAUUUGUGAAUGGGGAGAGGUCGGGCAGUAGUUCCCCAGUCGGUCCACAGGGAGCAGUAGUGAGAAGCGCACGGACUUUGUUAUGGAGGAUACUCAGAGGCACCACUCUCCAUAUGGUUGACGUUCCCGGCGGGCACUACGACUACCUGACUCUGUUAGGUAAAGAGCACAUCAACCGCCUGACAAAGAUGGGCACAAGAGACACUCUGUCACACAUACAGAAUGCCCAGGGUGUGAGUGAUGGCAGCAGAGUGAUCAACAGCGUUCUGGAGGGGGAUAUCAGUGUUGCAUCAGGAGCAGUGAUCCAGCACUGCCGCCUUCAGGGCACUUUGGAGGUGUACUCAGGUUGUCUGUUAUCAGGCCUAGAACUGAACUCUUCGCAGAUCCAGCAUCUGUCCUUAACCAAUGAUGUCAUCCUCCAAAGUCACCGCAUACAACUGGGAGAGAUGAAGAUUACAGUUAAUACAGUGCUGGGGGCUCACGAUGAUCUGAAGGUUUCCUGCGAUGGCGAUGGGGCCACCUUCCUGAACCACAGUUGGAGUGACCUCUAUAGCCGCACAGGAAUACAGCCUGACGAUCUGUGGGGCUCUGGGAGGUCCCAGUCCCUCAUGGAAGCCCGUUUGUUCCCGGUAUUCCGGCCACGAGGGGGAUCUGUGGGGCUGGAGAUGGGAGUAUGCUGGCUGCUAGGCGGGGCAGGGGAAUUGGAGCACUGGAGGGCUGCCUGGAGGUUAUCCCUCCGGGAGGUACUUUACCUUACUGACCAGGAGGGGGAGCUGCGCUGGAAGGAAGUGCUGUUUUUCCAAGCGGGGAGGAGGAGAGUGUUGGACAACCUGAAGAGCCAGAGCAACAGUGGGAUGUUGCCCAUUUUCAGGGCAGCCGUGCUGGGAGGCCAGCAUACGGAGCUCCUCCACACACUGGACUCCAUUGCAGCUGGCAGCCAGGAGAACCUGGGAGUGGCUGCCCGGUGCCUGGCUUGUAUAGCUGACGUUCUGGGAUGCUUGGCUGGUGAGGGAAGAGGAGGCUUGAGGAGCGGCCCGGCUGCUAACCCCUCCUGGCGACAUGCGUUCUCCCUGCUGGAACAGGGGAACCUGUCAGGCGGCGUCCAGGCCCUGGCCACCGAGAGAACUAACUGGCUCAGCAGGCCAGAUCUGCUGGUGCGUGCUGCUCGGCACUAUGAAGGGGCUGGGCAGGUGCUGCUGCGACAGGCUGUGAUGUCAUCACAGAGAUUUAUUUCCAUUGGUCAAGGCAAGGUCCCGCCCCUUGAGGAGUGGCAAGACGUGGAGUGUCCUGCUAGAUUGGAUUUCUCAGGUGGCUGGAGCGACACACCACCCAUUGCUUUUGAACAUGGCGGUGCAGUGGUAAACGUGGCAGUGAAGGUUGAUGGGAGGCGUCCCAUCGGCGCUCGAGCUCGUCGCAUCAAAGAGCCCCGUCUGCUAUUGGUCAGCUCCAACGGGGAGCAGGAGGGUGCUGUUGCCACGGAGACGGUUUGCGAGAGGCUAGAGGAUUUGAAAGACCACUGUGUGCCGCAUGCACCUGGUGCCCUGUUGAAAGCGGUGUGUGUCUGCAGCGGCCUGGUCACCUACCCUUCUCAGCAGUCCCUGAAGGAGCAGCUCCUGCAGCGCUGGGGAGGAGGUGUGGAAAUCCAGACCUGGUCCCUAUUGCCUCACGGUUCAGGACUGGGUACCAGCAGUAUCUUAGCAGGAGCAGUACUGGCAGCAGUCUACAGAUGCACAGGGCAAACCUACGACACUGACUCCCUCAUCCACGCUGUCCUCCACUUGGAGCAGAUGCUGACUACUGGUGGUGGUUGGCAGGACCAGGUCGGAGGCUUGGUCGGGGGAGUGAAGUUAGGGCGCUCCAAAGCUUGUCUCCCACUCCGGGUGGAAGUGGAGUGUCUCCCGCUAUCUGAAGACUUUCUUCUUUCACUGCAACAGCACCUUCUGUUGGUCUACACCGGCAAGACGCGGCUUGCACGAAACCUGCUGCAGGACACAGUGCGGCGCUGGUAUAGCCGCGUGCCUUCCAUUGUGGAGAAUGCUGGUAAGCUGGUGGAGAACGCUGAGGAGUGUGCCCUUGCAUGUAAAGAAGGCUCUCUCUCAAGGCUGGGGGCCUGUCUGGAGCGUUACUGGGGUCAAAAGAAGGUGAUGGCGCCGGGAUGCGAGCCAGCAGCAGUCCGGACUAUGAUGGAUGCCCUGCGGCCAUUGGCACUGGGACAAACUCUGGCUGGGGCGGGAGGGGGGGGCUUCCUCUACCUGCUGACCCGCCAGCCGCUGCAGGGGGGGGCGGUGCGUCAGGUCCUCGACAACACACCAGGACUCAGAGACUUUAGUGUCCAUUCAGUUGAGCUGGACAUGGAGGGCAUCUCAGUACUCAAGUAUUCCUGAGACGGACAGAUGAACUUCUGGACCCUAAAACAUGUUUUCACUCAUUUAAAACUACUAACUGGUACUCCCUAUGCAACAGAUUCAUCAACAGUCUUGAUCAAAAUAUGUGUAUGGAAUUUUCAAGUAUUUGAGAAUUAUUCAUUUACAAAAAUAACUGUGUGCUAACACUCAAUAGAUGAAGAUUGUUAAGAUGCAGGCUGUUGAAUGUUCAUUUGUCAAAAAGUCUUACAGUUCAGUACAACACUAUAGCUCACUUGCAAAAGCUCAUAUAUCUCCCAAAACAGUUCACUCAUGUGUCAAAACUACAUUUCCUUCUCAUUUAAAAAGGCAGUGCCCCCAAAAUGCUUCGUCCCUUUGACAUUGUGUAAGCACUGCAAGACAAAAUGUUUAGAUGUUUUGUCACUAUGGCAGAGGACCAUUGAAAUAUCCCUCAUGUCCACCUUUCAGUCUUAGCCCAGUCCUUCAUUGACAAUGGUUACUGAACUGUUUUUUGUCUAGCUAACAGAAUACAAUUGUGUAUAAAACUGAAAAAAAUAAAUAGGAUUUCAGGGUAAGAGUGGCCUCCAAGGUUUGACAUCACUCAUUGCACUCAUAGUGCCAAGGAAAUUGUAGCCAUUAUCAUUCACACACAUAAAGUAACUUCCAUACAUCAGAGUAAAAAGAAAAUGUAUACAGCCUAAUAUGCUGUAAUAUAAACACACAAACAAAAACAAUGAAAAUGAUUUGCAGCCUACAGUGCUGUAAAUAAAGUUGGAGUUUCACAACUAACAGUUCUUCACUGGUCGCUGUCCUCACCCUCCCUCUCCUGGCCACUGUCCUCACCCUCCCUCUCCUGGCCAAUGUCCUCACCCUCCUUCUCCUGGCCACCGUCCUCACCCUCCCUCUCCUGGCCAAUGUCCUCACCCUCCUUCUCCUGGCCACCGUCCUCACCCUCCUGGCCAUCCACACGCUGCUGUCUGUCUGGCCACAGAUUCUCAUCCACAUCACAGCGUAUAUUCUCCCUUGCGAUGCAACGAGGGAAGAAACGGCGUGCAUGACGGAACCAUCCCCUACAAUGAUCUCCUGUAAUAUCCUUGCACGCAUUGCAUGGAGCAGGGACCUCUGAUCUUGAGCCCGAUGCUCAUACACUCUCCACCUCCAAGCGGAGAAAUUCUCCUCAACAGGAUUGAGGAGAGUAAGGUGGUAGGAACACCGUGACCAUCCUUGGAUGAGUAGUGAACCAGGCCCUGAUGAGCGGGCCACGGUGGAAAUUCCCAUUGUCCCAUACAAUGACAUAUUGUGGUAGGUGAGGCCCUACGAGAUCUCUCUCAUUUUCAGGGAUCAAAUCAAAAUGAAGGCGGUCCAAGAAGAUGAGGAGCUUCUGUGUAUUUUCAAGACUGGGGAUGUGAGUAGCCACACCGUUCUCAGAUAUGGCAGCACACAUAGUUAUAUUGCCCCCUUGCUGGCCUGGGACAUCCACCGUGGCCCGGUGGCCAAUAAUAUUACGGCCACGUCUUUGGCCCUUGGCCAGGUUGAAGCCAGCUUCAUCCACAAACACGAGGAUGUGAUGGGUCUUGUUUCCUUCCAAUGCCAUUGUUCUCUACAAUAGCGUAAAAAAGAAGAGUCAUACACUAGAGUUACAGACAAUCACAUAGGAAUGUUCUAUGUUCUCCACAAGUUCAAUAUACUACUGGCCACUACUCCAGUGGUUCCAAACCUGGGGUACAUGUACCCCUAUGCAGAGGUACUACAGGGGGUAUUUGACAGAAAGGGGAGGGGGAAAAUCAUCAAUGACUAGACUUACUGAAAUGUUACACUGAAACCCACAGUAUUAGAUAGAUUUACAUGGGAGGCACUAAUUGCAGCUCUUUGACCCCUUUUCUUAUUGUAUGUUAUAUUCUUCAAAAUAAGGAUUAUAAUGAUAAUUGCAUCAUACAGUAAGCUGCAGUUUUUAGGCAAAUGUUGAAGUCAGAUAAAUCAAAUACAUUCAUACCUGGAUUACCUGGAUACACAAAUCAGGUAAAGUGGGUACUGAAGCCAAAAAGGUUUGGGAACCAUUGCUUAAUUGUAAAACGGUUAUAAUGAUGGACAACCAGUAACUGACUUACAUGUACAUACUGGUACAGCAGCUUUUUCACUCUAUCAGAGUUCCUCUCAAAUGGUACCCUGUAAAAUAUCCGGUCUAUUGUGGAGAUGCUUAUAGAGUUGACAUUUUGGAAUAUGGCAUUGUCUUGUAGGAUUGCAGCGCGGAUCUGUCUCAAUGUGAUGGCAUUAUUUGCCAUCACCAUGUUACAGAUCUAUUGUUUUUGCCACCCGUGCAAGGUUGUCAUCCAAUACUAGACAUAGAAUUCAAAGGACAACACUCCAUUCGUAAUGUAUACCUUAUGUAAUCCUUACAGAAUGAGUUACCUAUGUAAUUGUAUUGUUGUUUUACUUACAGUAACUUUACCACAAUCCUAAUGCAUCACUGUGCAGUGACUGGAAUACUACUGUAAACUGUAUCAUCAAUACUGUAGAAAAUAAACUAUUCCAAAGUUAA